AUGAGCAGACUCAAGAAGUCUCCACCGCUGGAGAGGACUAGCAACACUAUGCGAGCUGCACUAGCGCUGGUCCACAACUCUCCACAAAAGUCAAGUAUUGGCAUCUCAGUUUCAAAGAGAACGCCUAUUAUAUCGCAAAGUUCCACUGCGGGGACUGAGGCGUAUUGGGCCUCUCGCGCUAUGAUGGCAGAAUCAGCACUAGCGGCCCAGACAUCUCGUCAGGGCGCGCUGCAAUACCUCUCGUACAAACAAGAAGUCCAAUCUGCGAGGGACUUAGCGAUGCUUAGUAGUGCGAACGACGCGAAGCAUGCUAUGCUGGAGAGAGUUGUAUUGUUACUGAUUGGAUGCGUAGUGCUGCUAGUUUCGGUCGUCAUAUAUCUGGCAGUUUCGACUCAUCACAGAAUCAGCAAGCAAACGUCCUCCUGGCUGACGCUUCCAUCCCAUUUUACCAUCCCCAUCUUAUCCCCAUUUACGUCUGUGGUUGAGCACGAAACUUCCAUGCUGAGCUCGCGCACGAUUGCAAUGCUCGUAUUAUCGUUGACGUGCUUGCUCUACUUCAUGUUUCGCCUGUGGCUCAACAGAAGGCCAACAACUUAG